CCUGCGAGAUCGACUCGUGGAUCUUGACUCAGAGGUGUAUAACUUCACAACCGUCGAUGAGUCCAUUCCCAACUCAAAGGGCCUCACUAUCACCGAGCUAGCGAGGAUUACCGAGUCAAGAUAUCCAUCACAAGCAUACGAGGGUUGGAGAUUGCGCCGCACACUGCUGGGUCCUGAGAAGCCCACAACCGACAAGCCUGGGAGGCGUUCAUUCCGAGACGUUUUGGUCUCGGAGUCCAGCUCAUUGACGGAUCGAAGCGAUAUCUUCAUUCAAGAUACUGAACGGCGGGUCGUGGGAUCUCCCUUGGAGAAAGAGGCCAAAAAAUGACGAGGAUGAGCUUAUGAGAGAAGUUCAUGGCUUCCCCCAGCCAUUGCAGGAAGCUCUUGCUCCUUUCAUUGCAAACGAAAUCUUCAGGAUGCGAAUCAAGGACAAGUAUGACGAGUUUGAACGGGAUAAGGCGAGUCUCGGGAAGAGCAUUAUUGGAUUUCUGGACAUGCUAGGAAAAUUAAAGGAUACAGAAGAUGAAAGCGAAGAUGACUUUGAAGAAGAUGACGAUCUCGAAGGGGAUAAUACCACUCAGACACGGAAAGAUUUUGGGCCACAGGAUGAUUCCGGGGAACAGGGCGGUUCUGGAACGGGAAACUCUGGAACGGGAGGCUCCGAAGCAAAAGAUAGCUCUGGGAACAAGGACGACUCUGGAACGGGAAACGGCUCUGGGGCGAAGAAAACCCCCUCGAAGAAUGGAGGCGCUGAUAAUGAAAAAGACUCUUGCGAUUUCGCAGAUGAGCAAGUGCUGCAUCAAGAUGCGAACUUUUUCCGCUGGACGGAUUUUGAACAAGAGAAACUACCACCAAAGCCUGACGCGAUGGAAGAAAGACAUAAAGCAAUUUUGGCCCUCUACGAGGGCGUCAAAGUAGGAGUUGAAGUCCUAGGGAUCGGGGUGACACUGGAAGGAAUAGCGAAGAUGCUUCGGGGUCUGGUCCACAGAGAAGACUUGUUUGCCUUUUUAAGAGCCAGCGAGCGCACAAUUCUCUAUCCAUCAGCAGGUUCAAGCAAACCGGAUCUGGAUGACCUUGAAAAACAAUUGUUUGAUUCAGGCAAGUUUGGGGGGUACGACGAGCGCCUAGCCGUUCUAACAUACACCGACGGUAGCAAUGGCUCCAUCUCCCUUUUCAAGAAGUGGUCAGGUCCAGACCGAAUCCGACCUGUGGCAGCUAUGGAUGAUGUUCCUAAGAUUGUGCUGAAGGGUGUUUGUUCCUACAUCAGCAAAGUGAACAAAACGAAGCUCUGCUUUCGCGACGGCGGGAUGAAGUGGACGAAGGGAUAUCUUCCGGAAAUCGAAAAGCCUAGGUUUUACUCCGUCUCGGGCCAGAAUCAGAACGGUAACAACAGACGUGAUGAAAUUGGAAUGGGGUUGAAGAAGGCACUGAAGCUGGAUCCUGAUUCCGUUGAACAACGGGAAAGCUUUGUGGCCACAAUACCGCAGAUGGUUGGAGCACUUCAUCUAGGAACAUCCCUUCUGAAGGAGAUUGAAUCGACUCGGGUUGAGAGAGUGGGUUGUUUCGAUCAAGAUGCAAACAUCAUCGUCCCGGGGCGAUGCGUGAGGAUGAUUCGGGGCCCGAAUCCGACUGGGCAUAAGGGUGGGGGACGCAAUGUGCGCAUUGUGGUUUUAUUGCCGGGAACUGCGAAAUGGACAAAGGAGAAGCUGACUUGGAAGUAACUGCUUGAGUAUUAACU